UAUUUAUUGAAGUUAUUUAUUUUCUAAGUUAUAAAUAUUUAUUUUUACUUCUAAUUAUUAAUUGAUAGAUACAUGAUUUAUAAAAUAGUGAUAAAUAUUUGUGAUGACUGUGUGUCUAAGGCCUCAAUACAAAAUGGCUCAUUUUGCAAAAUGUGAUACCAACCAUCCGUACUACGCAAUCGCUGCAUUCCGAAUGACACAGAAACCGGAAAAUAGACCUGUCACUGUGGGAAGUAUAUAUUGGAAAUUUGUUGCACACAAUUUUAUCCACAAAAGGAUUCAAGAUUCGGAUGGUGGAUUUUUCGAGAACUUAGGAACACUGUUAGCAGAAAAAGUUCGAGCUCAAGAACUUGCAGAAGGACCAUUACCAAUAAAAUCAGACAAAAGUGAUGAGGAAGAAGACGUAGUCGGCGAAGGAGGAAGUAUAGAAGAACCAACAGAAGCUUUGCUCGAAUCAGACAGCGACAGAGAUGAAAAUGAACGGGCUCUGGAUAUUGUCAUUGGCUCUGUCGGCUGGAAUAUCGAAGAACUUUACACGGCUCUUGUUUACAUGACGCAACACCAAAUCGGCUAUGAUGUUACAAAUGAGUGCGGACGGGAAGCUUUACUUAACCAUCUGCAGCAAGCUUUCAAGGUUGACUUUGAAGUGCACUCACAAGUUGUAGAAGAAACACAAAGUAUGGAGGCGCCAGUAAUGCAUCUAAAUGUCGAAGUAAUAGAAGCUAAAGAGCUUAUUUCGAAAGAUUCAAACGGCAAAAGUGAUCCAUUCUGUGCACUCUACCUCGAAUCAGCACCAACUCGAAGAUAUAACACAGCUGUUAAGACAAUGACGUUGGCGCCAGUUUGGGAGGAGCAUUUCGAACUACCGCUUGAAGAUGCUGACAAUGAUACUCUGUGCCUUGAAGUUUGGGAUUUCGAUGCUGCUGAAACGGUACCGGAAAAGAUGAGCAAAGUCAAGGAUGUUAAAGGCGUGCGAGGCUUGGUAAAAUUAGCAAAAGAGAUUGCAGUUACCGCAACCACGGGUAGUCAUGACAACGAAUUCAUUGGUCGUUGCAAGAUUCCGUUGAAAGACAUUCCGGUUACUGGACACACGACGUGGUAUUCGCUUGAAAAGAAGAACAAAUCCAAACGACGUGGUGUUGUAAGACUCAGACUGGCAUUUAGUGCAGAGCAUAAUACUCAAGUAGCAGCGCAGGAACACAGGCAUCUAGUUAGAAUUCUACUUCUUCAUGAACUCGAAACAGAAAAAGUUGAAAAGUACUGCUGGUGUGGUCGUUGGUCUGCUCCAGCAGAAGCCUUGAUUCUUCAGCACAGCGCUCAACGUGGACUGCUGGCGAGAAAUGUCUUUUUGUCGCAAUGGGUUGAAUAUUCUCGGAUUCAUCAACAGCAUCCGCUUCAUUUUGCUGUUUUCAACAAGGUUGCUGUUGAACUACUCAGGCCUCUUGAGAAUGGCCUAUUCUCCAAAGAUGAAGAGAAAUUGUUCUGGGAUGCUACGAAGAAAAUUAUCUACUCUUGUUUGAAUAGUAUUAGAAAAAUUAGGAGGCUCUCUGCGGGUGAUAAAAAUGUUAUGACACAAAUGGGCGCUAUUUUGGGAAUUCUAUCAUCAAUUUCUUCACUCAGAAUACCUGAUGACUUUGAUUUGUUUCCUCAAAAAAUGUUCGGCUGGUUUCCUGAACCCGAAGACAUAAAAGUGGAUGUAAUGAAGGCUUUGGAGUACUCCGUAAUCCAAGCGAGCGAUAGUGACGAUGAUGCGCUCAAGUACCAAAUAAAAGUGAUCCAAUUGAUUAGAGCAGAUCUUCAGCGUGCAAUGGAAAUUUACGACCGUAUGUUUAUAAAAAAAAUCAACUUUCCUUAUGCUCGGACACUUUACAUAAUGUAUGAAAAGCGAAUCAGUGAUAUGUGCAUGGUAAUUAUCGAAGACGUGUGUCUUCGUCUAAAACGAAUCGAAGUUGAUAGCACUGACGAAGUAGAGCUUACAUUGGGGACAACAUUGUUCGAACUUUAUCUAACUCUCCAGCGAUAUGCUAUGUUAAGUAACAUGUUCUGUCUAGAUGGGAUCGAUCAUAUGAAAAUCCAAAGUUACCAUGAAUGGUUCCGAGCCGGAGUUUCACACUGGUUAGAUAUAUCUGUGUACAAAGCAUUGAAGAGGAUUGAAAGGGCUGUUGAAUUUGACACCCUUCAACCAGUUGACUCUAGUGUCCAGUACAGCUCCAGCGCUGUUGAUACUUUGACGAUUUUUUACCAAAUAAAGGUCUUUUGGACUCAAUUAGCUUGGCCAGAUGUCGAAGGCUCUUACACAUUUAUUGCAAAGAUAAUUGACGACAUAUGCAAAUGCACGAUUUCGUAUGCAGACAUGAUGGCGUCAAAAGCUGAAAAAGUUGAUCAACAGAUUCAGAGCUUGGACAACAAUAGCAGCGUUUAUGAUAAAAAGUUCGAAGUCUCUAACGCUUGGUGCUUUGCUAUUAACAAUAUUGACUAUAUCAGAACUUCAAUUGGGCCAUUGACCCACGACUUAGGCCUUCAAGAUAUAAUCGACAGCUUGAGUGAGAACAAAACUCAGCAGGAAGCUGAUCGCUGUCGACAAACUCUCGAGCUUCUUAUCAAUAACACGAUGGACACUGUGAAGAACAAAAUCAUUGAGCUGCUAGAAGUCGUAGCAAACAAAAUGCAGCCUGCUAUGAGCAGAUAUCUGAUGGAAGGUGCUGAGUUGAUAGACACUACAAGCAAUGCAAUGGAUCGCUUGCUGCAAUAUUUGGACACAAACAUCACCGUAUUGCAUGACAAUCUCAAUGAAGACAAUUUUGAGAGAGUUCUCUUAGUAAUUUGGGAAAUAAUGUCUGAAACUUUGUAUAAACUCGUGUACGCUAAUUUGGAGAAGCGCAGGCCUCCAUCAUUUUACUCCAAUCUCAAUCGCACUUUACACACGUUGAUAAGGUUCUUCAAUUUAGGCGCCGAUGAGACUUCGAAUGUCAAAAUUUUGGAGAAAAUAGAACGGCUUCUCAGUCUCCAUGGACUUGAAACUGCAGAUUUGAUCCAUCGUUAUUAUUUGGAACGGGCUCAGCAACAGAAGGAUAUUGAAGAAACGUCACAUGGUAUGCUGACUGUGCGCGCUCAGUUUAUCAGUAAUUCACUGAAUGUCCAGAUUCUUAAUGCCAGAAACUUGCGGCCUAUGGAUAGUAACGGAGAUUUGAUAGGCAAGCUGUCUACUCUUGAGCGCAAACUACAUUCAAAGAGUAAACAACCGACUAAAAGACUGAAAGAGGUGAAGACAAGAAAGUGUGAUUCUUACGUCAAAAUAAGACUAUUACCGGAGGAAAAAUUCUGUGAAGUUAAGCUGCCAAAGACUCAUGUGCAGAAAGAAACCCUUUUUCCUCUUUUUGAUGAGACUGUGAACAUAGCUUUUACUCCUGAGCAGAGAAAUAUUGAGAAUGCAAUUUUGGUGUUUGAAGUCAAAGACAAAGAUUUUCUGCGGACGAAAUUUAUGGCAGAAGCAUUUUUGCAGUUCAGUGAUAUUCCAGAUACUGCAACUGAUGUGAUCCGAGCACUCGAACAUCGGAAAGGAGAUAACCAGGCAAUGGAUUUUAUUUCUAAAUUUAAUGCUAAGUUAAAUACUCGAUAA